AGCCCCCAUCCCGGCGCGGGGGCGGUGCCGUCGGGGCGGGCGGUGCCGCACAAUGGCGGCCGGGGCGGGGCCGGGCCGGGGCCUGGAGCGCGGGGCCGCCGCAGCGCCGCUGAGCGCCGUGGGGCCGCGGGGACGCCGCCAUGGCCAAGCGGGAGGCCAGCGCCAGCCCGGUGGUGCGGCAGAUUGACAAACAGUUCCUGGUGUGCAGCAUCUGCCUUGACCGCUACCGCAACCCCAAGGUGCUGCCCUGCCUGCACACCUUCUGCGAGAGGUGUCUCCAGAACUAUAUCCCGCCCCAGAGCCUGACCCUCUCCUGCCCCGUCUGCCGCCAGACCUCCAUCCUGCCCGAGCGCGGCGUCGCCGCCCUGCAGAACAACUUCUUCAUCACCAACCUGAUGGAGGUGCUGCAGCGGGACCCCGAGAGCUGCGGCCCCCACCCCGGCCGUGGCCUGGACCCCGUGAGCGCUGUCACCGGCCAGCCCCUCUCCUGCCCCAACCACGAGGGCAAGGUGAUGGAGUUCUACUGUGAGCCGUGCGAGACAGCCAUGUGCCGUGAGUGCACCGAGGGGGAGCACCGGGAGCACGUCACCGUGCCGCUGCGCGAUGUGGUGGAGCAGCACAAGGCGGCCCUGCAGCAGCAGCUGGAUGCUGUCAGGAGCAGGCUCCCGCAGCUGGCAGCGGCCAUCGGGCUGGUGUCGGAGAUCAGCCAGCAGCUGGUGGAGCGCAAGAAUGAGGCAGUGUCGGAGAUCGGUAGCACCUUCGAGGAGCUGGAGACGGCGCUGCGGCAGCGCAAGGGGCUGCUGGUGCGGGACCUGGAGGCCACCUGUGGGGCCAAGCAGAAGGUGCUGCAGGCGCAGCUGGACGCCCUGCGCCAGGGCCAGGAGAGCAUCCUCAGCAGCUGCGCCUUCACCGAGCAGGCGCUGCACCACGGCACCGCCACCGAGGUGCUGCUGGUAAAGAAGCAGAUGAGCGAGCGGCUGAGCGAGCUGGCCAGCCAGGAGUUCCCUGAGCACCCCCACGAGAACGCCCAGCUCGACUACGUGGUCGAGACCGAGGGUGUCCGCAAAUCCAUCCUCAACCUGGGCGUGCUGAUCACCACCAGCGCCACGGCCCACAAGACGGUGGCCACGGGCGAGGGGCUGCGGCACGCUGUGGUGGGGCAGCCCUCCUCGCUCAGUGUCACCACUAAGGACAAAGACGGGGAGCUGGUGCGCAGUGGCAGCGCCAGCCUGCGCUUCCAGGUGACGGCGCCGGACGGUGGCGCGGCCGAGGCGGAGGUGCAGGACAACAAGAACGGCACCUACGAGCUGCUCUACACCCCCCGCGCCGAGGGCGACUUCCUCCUCUCCAUCCUGCUCUAUGGGCAGCCCAUCCGCGGCAGCCCCUUCCGUGUCCGCGCCGUCAAGGCCUCCGACGUGCCCCCCUCUCCCGACGACGUCAAGCGCCGCGUCAAGUCCCCCAGCAGUGGGCACAUCCGGCAGAAGGCCGUCCGGCGCCCUUCCAGCAUGUACAGCAGCGGCAAGAAGAAGGAGAACCCCAUCGAGGACGAGCUCAUCUUCCGCGUGGGAAGCCGCGGCCGGGAGAAGGGGGAGUUCACCAACCUCCAGGGCAUCUCCACCUCCAGCAGUGGCCGCAUCGUGGUGGCCGACAGCAAUAACCAGUGCGUGCAGGUGUUUUCCAACGAGGGGCAGUUCCGGCUGCGGUUCGGUGUGCGGGGCCGCUCCCCCGGCCAGCUCCAGCGCCCGACCGGCGUCACCGUGGACAUGAACGGGGACAUCAUCAUCGCGGACUACGACAACCGCUGGGUCAGCAUCUUCUCCCCCGAGGGCAAAUUCAAGACCAAGAUCGGGGCCGGGCGGCUGAUGGGCCCCAAGGGCGUCGCCGUGGACCGCAACGGCCACAUCAUCGUGGUGGACAACAAGGCCUGCUGCGUCUUCAUCUUCCAGUCCAACGGCAAGCUCGUCACCAAGUUUGGGAGCCGCGGCACGGCCGAGCGGCAGUUUGCAGGUACACUCGAUGGGCCCCACUUCGUGGCAGUCAACAACAAGAACGAGAUCGUGGUGACCGACUUCCACAACCACUCGGUGAAGGUCUACAACGCGGACGGUGAGUUCCUCUUCAAGUUCGGGUCGCACGGGGAGGGGAACGGGCAGUUCAACGCCCCCACGGGGGUGGCUGUCGACGCCAACGGCAACAUCAUCGUCGCCGACUGGGGCAACAGCCGCAUCCAGGUCUUCGACAGCUCGGGCUCCUUCCUCUCCUACAUCAACACGGCCGCCGACCCCCUGUACGGGCCGCAGGGCCUGGCCCUCACCUCCGACGGACACGUGGUGGUGGCCGACUCCGGCAACCAUUGCUUCAAGGCCUAUCGCUACCUGCAGUAGCCGCCAUGGGGACGGGGACGGGGACGCUGCCCGCGCCGCGACGGCGCCCACGGGCCCCUCGGGAGAGCGCCCGCAGCAGGGUGCCCUGAGCGACGGCUGCCCCACAGCCAUCGCUGCCCCCCCCAACCAUUGCAGCCCCACAGCCAUUGCUGCCCCCCGCGCGCCGCACCGGCCUUCAUGUGCACUUUAUCCCGGGGGGGCGGCCGGGGCCCCGAGCGGGGGGCGAGGACGGGUCUGGCUGGGGCAGGGGCUGCUUGGGGGACGUGGGGCCAUGGGGCCGCGGUCAUGCCCCUCUUCCCACCCCACGGCAGGGCUGGCAGCCCCACUGCCCCUGCUGCCGGGGGUCCCGCAGGCACGUGGGGGUGUAUGGGGCGGGGGG